CUCCUGGAGCUGGUGGCUGCAGGCGCCCUGGGCUGCCACCGUCUCUGGGCGGAGCUGCACCCAGAGCCUGGACUGUAUUGAGACCGUGUGAAUGUUCGCGUGGACUAGGGCCGCGCGGGCCCCGCGCCUCCUACGGCUUGCUCCCGCGUGCUGCUGUGUAUGUUCGCUUCUUGUCACUGUGCGCCAAGAGACAGAGGGACUAUGAAAAUGAUUCAUUUUCGGAGCUCCAGCAUCAAAUCACUCAACCAAGAGAUGAAAUGCACCAUUCGACUGCUGGACGACUCGGAGGUCUCCUGCCAUAUCCAGAGGGAGACCAAAGGGCAGUUUCUUAUUGAGCACAUCUGCAACUACUACAGCUUGCUGGAGAAGGACUACUUCGGAAUUCGCUAUGUGGACCCAGAGAAGCAGAGGCACUGGCUAGAACCUAACAAGUCCAUCUUCAAGCAAAUGAAAUCUCAUCCACCAUACACCAUGUGCUUUAGAGUGAAAUUCUACCCACAUGAACCCCUGAAGAUUAAAGAAGAGCUCACAAGAUACCUUUUAUAUUUGCAAAUUAAAAGAGACAUUUUUCAUGGUCGACUGUUAUGCUCCUUUUCUGAUGCUGCCUAUCUUGGUGCUUGUAUCGUUCAAGCUGAGUUUGGUGAUUAUUAUCCUGAUGAGCAUCCUGAGAAUUAUAUCAGUGAGUUUGAGAUUUUCCCCAAGCAAUCACAGAAGUUGGAAAGAAAAAUCAUGGAAAUUCAUAACAAUGAACUCAGAGGUCAGAGCCCAGCGAUUGCUGAAUUCAACUUACUCCUGAAAGCUCAUACAUUGGAAACUUAUGGGGUGGAUCCUCACCCAUGCAAGGAUUCAAGAGGUGCUACAGCAUUUUUAGGAUUCACCGCAGCAGGGUUUGUGGUAUUCCAGGGAAAUAAGAGAAUCCAUUUAAGAAAAUGGCCAGAUGUUUGCAAAUUCAAGUUUGAAGGGAAGACAUUUUAUGUGAUUGGCACCCAAAAGGAGAAAAAUUCUGUCUUGGCAUUCCAUACUUCAACACCAGCUGCGUGCAAGCAUCUAUGGAAAUGUGGGGUAGAGAACCAAGCCUUUUACAAGUAUGCCAAGUCAAGUCAGAUCAAGACUGUGUCGAGCAGCAAGAUAUUUUUUAAAGGAAGUAGAUUUCGAUAUAGUGGUAAAGUUGCCAAAGAGGUGGUGGAGGCAAGCUCCAAAAUCCAGAGGGACCCUCCUGAGGUGCACAGAGUCAACAUUACUCAGAGUCGCAGUUCUCACUCCUUGAACAAACAGCUCAUCAUUAACAUGGAGCCCCUGCAGCCCCUACUUCCCUCCCCCACUGAACAGGAAGAGGAAGAUCCUGUGACUGAGGGUGCCCCAUUGCCAAAAGAAGAUGUUUCUGAGCCACUGACUGUCAGCUCACCAGUGAAGGGAGCUCGGUGUGCAGAUCCUCUGAGUGAAGAGGAAGAUAAAGUGGAAGACCCCUUGACCAUCUCUGAACUAGCGUACAAUCCCAGUGCCAGCCUGCUCCCUACCCCAGUGGAUGAUGAUGAAAUCAACAUGCUCUUUGACUGUCCAUCUAGGCUCGAGUUAGAAAGAGAAGACACAGAUUCAUUUGAGGAACUGGAAGCAGAUGAGAAUGCCUUUUUGAUGGCUGAAGAGGAGGAGCUGAAGGAAGCUCACCAAGCUUUGUCAUGGAGCUAUUCCAUCCUGACUGGCCAUAUCUGGGUCAACCCCCUGGUCAAGAGUUUCUCCAGGCUCCUUGUGGUGGGCCUGGGACUGCUGCUGUUUGUAUUUCCCCUGCUCCUCCUCCUUUUGGAGUCAGGUAUUGAUCUCUCCUUCUUAUGCGAAAUCCGUCAGACACCAGAGUUUGAGCAGUUUCACUAUGAAUAUUACUGUCCCCUGAAAGAGUGGGUGGCUGAGAAGGUCAACAUCUUUCUCUGUAUGCUCGGUUUUUCAUAGGUUCAUAUCUGAUGAGACUAAGGGCUAUCUUCAAUAGUAGUUGUAUCAUUUUCAGUAGGUUUUGGUUAGCUUUUUCUCUUAACUAAAUGCUCAAACCUUGAAAUUAAACUUAGGUAAAUUUAAAUCAAAUAUAACUCUUUUAGUUAUCCUUCAGAAAGGCAGCCUUGAAGUAACCAAAAAAAAGAAAAAUCUCCUUAUCAUGCCAUAAUAUAUAGUACAUUGGAGUUAGGUAUUCCUGUUUAUUGUGAGCUAUAAUGUUCAGAAUCAGAAUUUUAGUAAAAAUACAAUCUUUUUAAUAUAACCUUUGGUGAAAAUAAUGUCCUCUUACUGAUGCCUAUACAAAUAAGUUGAUGCUGGGGUUUUUUCAGUUUUUUUAAAAAAAUAUUUUUAUGUGUUCUAACUAUUUUGGUAAAUUUUUAGCAAAAAAAAAAAAAGCUUUCUGGAGUUAUUUAAGUAUACAUAUUGUAAAACUAAUGCACAUGGAAUUUUUUAGUGUUUUCGCACCUGAUUUUUUUAAAGAUAUUUUUUG